CUGUAACCUGUUGUUUUCUCAAUGCAGCUUCCAAGGAACUGGAUGCAUUUGCAUUUCUUGCGAGCAAUUGGAACUGCAAUGUCUAUGAGAGCAGGUAUUGCUGCAGAUGCAGCAGCAGCUUUACUUUUUCGAAUACUUUCACAGCCUGCACUGCUUUUUCCUCCUCUAAGACAAGCUGAAGGUGUUGAAGUUCAACAUGAACCUCUGGGUGGUUAUAUUUCGUUGCAUAAAAAGCAGAUAGAAGUGCCUGUUGCUGAAGCAACUAUUGAGGCCACAGCCCAAGGGAUUGCAUCAAUGUUUUGUUCCCAUGGUCCGGAAGUUGAAUGGAGAAUUUGUAUAAUCUGGGAAGCUGCUUAUGGCCUGAUUCCCUUAAGUUCAUCAGCUGUUGAUCUUCCUGAAAUCAUAGUAGCAACACCACUACAGCCUCCUGUUUUGUCAUGGAGCCUGUACCUACCACUCCUUAAGGUUUUAGAGUAUCUUCCUCGAGGAAGUCCAUCUGAAGCAUGUCUCAUGAGAAUAUUUGUUGCUACUGUUGAAGAGAUUCUUCGGCGAACAUUUCCACCUCAAUCCUCAAGAGAACAGACAAGAAAGUCAAGAUAUAUUUUUGAGGUUGGGUCCACCUCCAAGAACCUUGCAGUGGCUGAGCUCCGUACAAUGGUCCAUUCACUGUUCGUAGAAUCAUGUGCCUCUAUUGAUCUUGCAUCACGCCUGUUGUUUGUUGUGAUAACUGUCUGUGUCAGUUACGAAGCCCAGCCCAAUGGGAGCAAGAAACCCAGAGGAAGUGAAACUUAUCCUCCCAAUGAAGUCACUGAAGACUGGCAGGUAUUAAAUGAGAAGCAAAGGGACAUGAGAAAUAGAAAAGUAAAAAAGCAGGGGCCUGUUGCAGCUUUUGAUUCUUACGUUCUGGCUGCUGUUUGUGCUUUGGCCUGUGAACUUCAGUUGUUGCCAUUGAUUUCAAAGGGUGGUAAAGGUUCAGAUUGUAAGGACGAACUAACUGCAUCCAAACCUAUGAAAAUAAAUGGAUCAUCAAAUAAUUUUCGAAAUGGUAUUGCGGCUGCAAUUCACCAUACACGUAGGAUAUUAGGAAUUUUGGAGGCACUUUUUUCGUUGAAGCCAUCUUCUGUUGGCACCUCAUGGAGUUACAGUUCCAACGAGAUAGUAGCUGCAGCAAUGGUUGCCGCUCAUGUUUCAGAACUGUUUAGACGGUCAAAGGCCUGCAUGCAUGCUCUAUCCAUUUUGAUGCGAUGCAAGUGGGAUAAGGAAAUAUGCACUAGGGCCUCUUCUCUCUAUAGCCUCAUUGACAUCCAUGGUAAAACUGUUGCUUCCAUUGUUCAUAAUGCAGAACCUCUAGAAGCACACUUGGUCCUUGCACCAGUACGGAAAGAAGCCCCAGUAUGUUUGUCUGCCAAGAAUCAAGGAAAUUGUUCAAACACUAACUGCAUAGAACCAGAGCAUUCCUCAACUGUACGGCGUGGUGGUGAUAAUGACUCUCCAUAUUCCAAAAGUUUCCUUAAAUGUGAGAAAGCAUCGCUCUCAAAUGAUGUUAUAGAAAAUACCUUGGGGAAAUCUAUUGCAGGUUUAUCAAUGGAUGCUUCAGAGUUAGCAAAUUUCCUGACAAUGGACAGACACAUAGGAUUUAAUUGCCGUGCACAAGUUCUUCUACGAACUGUACUUACAGAGAAACAAGAGUUAUGUUUCUCUGUUGUUUCACUUCUGUGGCACAAGUUGAUUGCAUCACCAGAAACACAGCUGAGUGCUGAGAGCACUUCUGCCCAACAGGGGUGGAGACAGGUAGUCGAUGCAUUAUGCAAUGUUGUUUCAGCAUCACCGACAAAAGCAUCAACUGCAAUUGUUCUCCAGGCGGAGAGGGAAUUGCAGCCUUGGAUUGCCAGGGAUGAUGAGCAAGGUCAAAAGAUGUGGAGAAUUAAUCAGAGAAUAAUAAAAUUAAUUGUGGAGCUUAUGAGAAAUCAUGAUAAUCCAGAAUCGUUAGUAAUUCUGGCAAGCGCUUCAGAUCUUCUUUUACGUGCCACUGAUGGAAUGCUCGUUGAUGGGGAAGCAUGCACUUUACCACAGCUAGAGCUCCUGGAAGCAACAGCUAGAGCAAUUAAGCUUGUGCACAAAUGGGGAGAAUCUGGGUUAUCAGUUGCAGAUGGCCUUUCAAAUCUGUUGAAGUGCCGCUUACCAGCUACUGUCCGCUGCCUUUCUCAUCCAAGUGCUCAUGUCCGUGCUCUUAGCAUAUCAGUCCUGCGCGAUGUAUUGCUUAUCUCUUCAAUUGACUCCAAUUCUAGACAAGAAGACAUACAUGAUAUACAAGAUCCCCACUACCGGUACUUGAGUUCAGGCAUUACUAACUGGCAUGCCGGCAUUGAAAAAUGUUUAACGUGGGAGGCUCGUAGUCGGAUAGCAUCUGGAAUGGCAAUUACAUUUCUUGAUGCCGCUGCCAAGGAGUUGGGCUGUGCACUAUUACCCUUUGAGAUUAACCCAAGGUGAUCAAGGAUCAGCCCUUGCCAAAGUUAUUACACAGGAUCAGGUCUUGUCAAAUGUAUUCAGUUCUAAUCCAUUAGCAUCUGACUGCCAAUUUAAUUUCAAUAAUAGAGUUAUCAUUGAACUGCAAUUUAACCAGUCAACAGUUGUUAUGGACAGAAGCCAGAGUGACAUAACCAUCCAUUUAAUCCCUCUCAUGGAAGGAUGAUUUAUAUACA